UCCCAACAUCCACACAGGCUGCAGGUGGGCAGGUCUUCAUGACACGGCGGGUGGAAAAUACUUUUUCCGCUCCAGUAAUCUAGGUCAGCAGCGGGCAGUGAUAGUGAUCAUGAUGUCAGCUGGGAGCAGGGUAAAGGUUGUUCAGAGUGGUGAGGAGCUGCAUGGAGAAGAUCAUGUCUGCACGGACUCUCCAACAACCACAGAGGAACGGCAAGGAGAGGCGGACGAUGAGGAGCAGGGCCAUCUGCCAGACGUUCUGGAAAAGACAGUGACACUGGAGCCUGGGGGCGAAGAUAAACAGCAUAAGAGGACAGAGGUGGAGAAGUCUUUUGGGAAAAGGCAAGAUGCUCAGGGGACGAACAGAGAACAGGUGAUCCAGGCAGAUGGCGCUGCAGCAGAUUCUGUCUGCUUGAUCGAGCACUCUCGGAGUAUGUGUGUGAGUAAGAUGGCUCAAGUAAAGCAUCAGAAACGAGAUCUACAGGUACAACAUCUACAGAGGAACAGAGACAAGAGCCCAGAACAGCCCUUCUUCUAUUUUGGAGGAGGAAAUGGAGCCUCCAUAGUUGUUCCAUACUGUGAGAGCAAAGGCUGGCAGCGCAUUUAUGACAAAACCCGACUGGACUACAGACUGAAAUGGUGUGAAUUGAUAUCUCCACGCACCUACAACCACUUCAGAGCAGGAGAGCAGUUGGUGUACCAGAUCCCAAACAACAAUGUCCUGACUACUAAAAUAGGUCUUUUGAACAGUCUCAGACAGUAUGACAGGAUCAGCAGCAAGAUCAACCAUGGGAAAGGACACAGGAGACUGAAGAUGGCCGAGUUUAUUCCAGACACGUUCCGUAUGGAUGUAAAAGAUGAGAGGGAAGCUUUCUUUUCUCAGCAAGACGGAUUAUGUGCUGACAAAAGCAACAUAUGGAUCUGCAAGCCAACCGGAUUGAACCAGGGUCGAGGCAUUUUCCUCCUGCGCACGCCGGAGGAUAUUGCAGCCUUCAGAACCAGGAUGCAGAUGCCAGCAGGCAGCCCUACAAACAAGAAGAUUCCUUUGAGAAUACCUGAAGCAAUGAUUGCUCAAUGGUACAUCCAAAACCCUUUGCUCCUAAAGGGCAAAAAAUUUGAUGUAAGAUCAUACUUUCUUAUCGCCUGCACCUCACCGUACAUGGUGUUCUUUCGUCAUGGUUACGUUCGGCUGACCUGUGACCUUUACGACCCCAAGUCCAGCAACCUCACUGCACACCUAACCAACCAAUAUAUGCAGAAGAAGAAUCCUUUGUACAGCAUGUUGAAGGAGGAUACAGUCUGGUCCAUGGAGCACUUCAACAGCUACAUUAAUGAGAAGUUCAUGGUGCCAAAGGAUCUGCCGAGAGACUGGGUUUUGAGUGUUUUUACAAGAAGAAUGCAGCAGAUAAUGACUCACUGCUUUCUGGCUGUCAAAUCAAAGCUGGAGUGUAAACUGGGCUACUUUGAUCUAAUUGGCUGUGACUUUUUGAUUGAUGAAGACUUCAAGGUCUGGUUGCUGGAGAUGAACUGUAAUCCUGCUCUUCACACUAAUUGUGAAGUGCUGAAAGAGGUGGUGCCUAAAACAGUUACUGAAACUCUGGACCUGGCCAUGGAGAUCUUCAAUAAAUGUCGCUGUGGCCAAAAGCUGUUGCCCCUGACCAGCCAGAAGGAUUUUGUGCUACUGUAUUGUGGUGACACUGCGGGCGUGUCCAUCACUAAACAGCGGAGCAGAACAGCAGGACCUCUCAGGACAGCAUGCUCCAAAAGCCAGUCCAGCUCUUAGAGACCACAGCAAGCUGUAAACAUUUCAGGCUGUAGCUGGAUGUCCAAAAUGUUUCCAUCUCCUUCUUUUACUAUUUCAUCCAAUUCCCCACACAGAGGGAAAAAAAUGGUUCUUAACUGGUUCUUUAAAAGCCUGUGUGGUCCCAAGAAGAACCAUCACCUCCUAAAGAACCAUUUAAUGGAGUGAAUGGUUCUACAUGUUAGUCAUAUGGUUCUUUGGGAUA